CAACGGCGAUCGCGGCUCGCGGUUCGGUGUUCAGUUGCUUGCCAGCUUCGAGGCUGAAUGGGUUAGUUCGUUCCGGUGUACCCCGUGGCUUUUAAAGGAUCGGCGAGGCUCAUCGAAUCCGUGUCCGAGGCGAAUGGAGAUCCGUUUCGUGUUCCCGUGUCUUCCUCGAGUUCGUCUGCUGCCCCCUGGCGACUCCGUUAACUCUGUUCACUCUGUUAACUCUGUUGUAUUCGUUUUCGAUAAGACGCCGAGAGAAAGAGAGAUAGGUGAUACCGAGUAGUGCCGACUGUGAUACACAUUGCCGCGUAGAUAGGCUUUAUGUGACAUAUGCCCGUGCAUGCAUGGAUAUUUUGAUACGUACGAACUUUCUUUACGCGGAUAACGCCGGGACAAACGAGAUUCCUGUGAAUACAUCGAAUCCUCGAUAACGAUUCGUCGCGGAUCUACUUGUGUGCUAAGGCGCAGGAUAUUGGGGUGAACAAAAUGUAUAAAUAAGUACAUAUAAGUAGGUGCCAAGAGAAGGAGAGGGAGAGAGAGAGAGAGAGAAAGAGAGAUAGAAGAAGAAGAGGCGGAAGAAACGAUACACGUGCGCGUGGUCGGUGUCUCGAAGAUACCUGUGGAUGCCAGGCUGGAGUUACGACGAUUUAGGGCGCGGAUUUCUGCCCGAUGACCACCGAGGCGGUUCACUUGUACUCGCUGCCCGAUCUUCACCACUGAUAUUACGCAGCAUUGGACGAUUUAUCGGACAACUCGUCGAUCGAGAUGAUCUGGUGAUUAGGUACCACUCCUGCUAGUCCAGGUGGAUAGGAUCCACGUAAUUGGCCAUAAGUGAGAGGAGGGAAUAGAAAGCGGGAAGUGCUAUGAAAUUGUUGCCAACGAUUCAGCUACCGCAAUUGCCGCCGGUCUCGGCCGGGGGUGGAAUGACGGGGAUGGACUCUCGGCUGCCACCAGGCAUAUCUUUGCCUUUCAGCCCCACGGAGCUGCUCUGGCGAUAUGGUCCAGCCAUGAAUUUUCCACCCACUCACCCACCGCCCACUCCCUUUCUCGACUUCAAGACUCAUCUACCAGCGAGUCUAGCCUCCGACCCGCGACUGUGGUCCCGCGAAGACGUGGCGACGUUUCUCCGAUGGGCCGAACGAGAAUUCGACCUACCCCAAUUCGACAUGGACAUGUUCCAAAUGAACGGAAAGGCUCUUUGCUUAUUGACAAAGGCCGACUUGGGAGAAAGAUGCCCAGGCGCGGGCGACGUGUUGCACAACGUGCUUUCGAUGCUUGCCAGGGACUUUAAUCAGCUUCAAAGGUGCCUUCCCAGUAGUCCCGUGACACCUACCAGACCCUCCGCGUAUCCUCUCAGCCCUCAUUCUCAUCCACCCACUCCCACCUGGACGGAGAACCCGUACACCGCGAACUUAGCCUCGUUAAUGUCCGCGAAUUCGGUGACAUUAUCACCUGCGCCGUCGGUGGACAGUCAAGCCGGUUCACCAGGACACACGGAGGGCACUCAAAGUCAAGUUUACAAGAGCGACUCCGACGAGGAUAACCAACAAGCGGCUACCGGAAGCCCGCCAGCCACGCCGACCGCUUUAGCAGCGCAAAGGCUAAGCGAAGUUUGCGUUAAGGAUCAACCAAGUCCCACGUUAACACAGCCAAUGAUGCCUCUGACGCCCGGUGCCUUCAGGACGAAUCCUGCCAACGCGAGGGAAUUUUUCCCAAACGAUUCGCCCGAACCCAAUACAAAUGGUAGACUUUUGUGGGAUUUUCUUCAACAACUUCUAAACGACCCUUCGCAACGAUACACACACUACAUCGCGUGGAAAAGUCGGGAAACGGGUGUGUUCAAAAUUGUCGACCCUCCCGGCCUAGCGAGGCUCUGGGGCAUCCAGAAGAAUCAUCUUUCCAUGAAUUACGACAAAAUGAGUAGAGCCCUUCGGUACUACUAUCGUGUCAAUAUCCUACGAAAGGUCCAAGGAGAACGGCACUGUUACCAGUUUCUGCGAAAUCCGACAGAACUGAAGAAUAUAAAGAACAUAUCUUUGCUGCGUCAGCAAAUGCGGAUAAAGUCGGAGCCGGAAGAAGAAGGAGGAAGUGGCGCCGAGCCGGAAAUCGAUAUGCCGACAGACCUCUCGAUGUCCAGCAUGAGUCAGCCAUCCAACGAGCAACAGCAACAACAGCAACCUCUACCUCUUCACGAUCCGCCUACGAAAUACAGAAGUCACGCGUACAAUCUCGUAAAAACCAAUCAAGAGUCGGAGGACAGGAAGUGACGCGAAACCUAGUGCCGAUUUGAUUGUGCGUUUUAAAUGCCGACAGUGUCGAUAGACCGUUUCACCGCAACGCAUCCUCGUCGCUCGUUCGCGAACAGAAAUGCGAUUUCUAGAAAAUCUCUUCGAUGAUGAAAUCUGCUUAUGAAGCGUAUCGAGGAGAACAACCGCGAAAGAAACUUCUUUCUACUGUCUGCCAUCAGGAAAUGAUUUCCAAGGGAUAUUUAUUAUCAUUCCGAAAUGACAGAAUCUGUUGGUUUCUACAUCGCUGCCGAUCAAACGACUAGAUAGAUACGAAAUUAGCGAAGAAACAAAUCCACGGACACGAAAGAAAUGAAUUGCAGACGUUUCCGGAACGAUAUAAAAAAAGACUGAUGAAAAGUACAUUCUACAAAGGUACGGAUCAACCUGCACUAUAGCGCCGAGGAGAAAAAUUGAAACAGAAAUAUGUCUUCUACUACUGUGCCUCGUCGAUGACCAAUCGACUGGUUUCAACCCUUUGCGGACGAUCGACGCAUAUGUACGUUCUUCCGUUGAUCCUGUACGGAUAGGUGAACGCCUAUCAGCGUUCAGAGUGUACACAGGGUAGUUUAUCAGAUAUUAACACCUAUGUUUACGUCCCUUAUCAUGCAUUGCGAAAAAUGUUUAAGAUAUAGUUGAAGUGGUUUCGAGGCACAUUCUGUUGUUAUUAGUAUAAUAUCCGCGCCUCCCAUACCCAACAAUAAGGAGUCAAACGAGAACACGAAACGUAUAGUCGCUGGAAGGGAUCUUGCGAGGUCGUAAACCGAAACAGUAGUUAUUGCUUUAUUGGCCCAGGUAACUGACCCGUAGGACGACAGGGGUGUCGCGGCUCUAAAGUAUACAUGCCACAUUUUACACCCACGGGCCCCAAGACUUGAUGUUUGCUACGCGGAUUUUUCCAAAUUGGAAAAACCGAAAACUUUAUAAAACGAAAUAGUCUUAUGGUAAUCGAUUCAUGCAUUACAGAAUUAUGUGUGAACAUACGUAAGAAGAAAAAAGUUAUUGAAAUAUGAACAUCCUAAUUCUGAUAUCAUACGGCCCUGAACGAAAAGUCUAGCUCUGUCCUCGUCUAAAAAGGUGUCAGAUUUAGAGAAAACGUUAAUAUCAUUCAUACGUUCUCCACGCAUUCACCUACAAAUACAAACUACUACCAGAAUGUGUCCAACUUGAAAUCGUUUUAAUUUUAUUUUAAUCAUUUUUCGCUAUGCAUGAUAAUAUUGAUAUAAACCGAGGUGGUUAUAUCCGGUGAACAAUCCUGUACAUUAUCCAUCCAACGCGUAACGUGGAUGUUGCUCCAAAAUGGACGUCUGCGAAGGGUUAAUUAUCAGUCGAUUCUUCAAGCGCUGAUCGAUUUUGCUUGAACGUUAAUAUCAUCUCUCUAUGACGUUCGAUUUUCAACCGAUUUUGAAUCGGCUCGAGGACCACCUCGAGUCCUUCCGAUGAUUGACUCCUACGGCCUCGCUUCGGAGAGCUCAGGAAUCGGUCGUCAUCCUGCAAUCCUGGAGGAUGCUUCAGUGAAGCUGAACUUUCGCGGAUAUUCCGCCAUCGGUUUUUCCAUCCCUUGUGUGCGCAAGACACGUGUGCGAGUGUGGAACGAUAUUCACUUCUACAACGAACUACUUUAGAAAGAUAUUUGAGGCUUUCACAGCCCAGUCUUCAUAGUUGAUACUAACCGAGGCUCCCGAGAUCUGAGUCGUGUCCUUUGAAUAAGAUACUCCGACGUUUUGUCAGCAUUA